CGCUUGAUUUCGUUUAUUUCAACCUUAUUUGAUUUUCAUUGUCUGCUGAAAUGGAUUCAAAUAAAAUAAUGGGUUUGGUGAGCUUCAUGCAAGCGGGUGCUGAGGCUCGAGCAAUGCACGAGCUCACCGGAACUCUUGGUCAACUGUUUGAUGGGCUCGACAAUCCAAUAGCAUCGCCAAUUGGCACAAAUGACAUAUUUGUUUGGGACCAGCACAAAGACGCAUAUUUGGUUUACGACAAUUUUACCGAAGAUUGGGUGAAGCUGACCAACAGCCUGUAUGAAAGUAUUCCUCCGACUUAUACAAUGGUACCAAGGCCACAAAAUGUCCAGAUGGAAAUGGACUACUUUGUACGUGGCGUCGGUUUGCUGAAACACGCAUAUGUCUGGUCGAUCGAUGGCAUACCAAAAGACGUAUUCCCCAAAAUUGCAUCAACAUCAAACGCAUUUUACCGUGGACGAUAUACAGUUCUUCCAUGGAUGCCGAAUGUUCAUAGUAUCGGCCGAAUGGAGAAAGGAUUUUAUGUGCUCGAUGACGAAGAUUGGGAGAAGUUAUACGGGACUAACACAUGGCACGGAACAGAUGACAUUGGAAUUUGCUUUGAAUUAUAA